AUGGGCAUCUUCCUGAUGAUGUUCUAUCUGUUGGUAGUCGGGUCACUAGGACAGCCAACGGCUCUAGAAUCUGGAGUUGUAACAAGCCAACAGAGCCCUGAAGGGAACUGGGCGCAACCAUCACGUACCGGUGGCACACUCGCUGGUUGCCCAACGAGCUGCGGCAACCUGAGCUUCGCCUAUCCCUUCGGCAUCGGAUCCAGGUGCUCCCGUGGGCCUGACUUCAACCUCAUUUGCAACAACACCGCUCAGCCCCCCAAGCUCUUCUUGCAUGACGGCAUCACCGAGGUGAUCAAACUCGACAAUCUUCUUUCUGUUUAUAACACUAUCCAUGCCUCCUUCUUGCAUACCAUCCACAUGGAAUCUGGUGUCAGUGUGUACAACUAUUCUUUGAAACCACCUGGGGGGUCCUUCUCUCUUUCAUCCUUUGUUCUAAACAUUACGAGCUGUGACCUGGAGGUAUACUCUGUCGUAGACAAUGCCACCACGUUGAAAUGCCGCACUACUUGUCUGGAUCCAAGAACCCCAGAGAUGGUGGCUAUGCACAACUGUAAAAAUACAUUCGGAUGUUGUCGUGUUAAUGGCGAUGGUAACGUCAGUUUUCAGUUCAAAUUUGGCUACAACCACGGCCAAAGAAAGAUUAAUGCACACUCUAACCAGACCUCACAACUGUGGGAUAGAAUCAGCAUAACUAGUGACAGGAUGAGUGGCUUUGAGCUAUUGUGGCAGAUAGUUGACCAAUCAAACUGUGUUGCUGCCAAGCAAAACAUGACAAGCUAUGCCUGUAGUGACAAGUAUGCUGAGUGCAUUGACGAUAGCAGGUUUAACUGUAAGGCCAAAGAUGCCGAGUGCAUUGACAGAAGCCAUGGCUACAGCUGCAACUGCAGGACUGGCUAUACAGGCAACCCCUAUAUUAAAGAUGGUUGCUCCAAUGAUAGAGGGUAUAAUCCAACUCCGACCAAGGCAGAUUGUACACGUCGGUGUGGUAACGCUAGUGUGCAAUUCCCCUUCGGCUUAGAGGAGGGUUGCUUUGCCAGGAAAGAGUUUCACCUCACCUGUACAAAUACGACAUCAUCAGCUGCCCUAUUACUGUUGGAGGACAAUCGGGUCAUUGACAUAAAUGUGGAAGAAGGGACCAUUAAUGGCUCCAUUCCUGACCAACAAUCGGGGAACUCAGUGUUGUUUGUAUUAUCUCCUAAUGGUCUUUUCUCUGCAAAUGGGUUAUUUUUCUCUAUCAAUUGGGUUGCUGCACAUCUAAGUUGUGCAGAGGCCCAAUGGAAUAGAUCUGGAUAUGCUUGUGUGAGUACGAACAGCAAGUGUAUGGAAGUUGAAGUAAGCGCUGAAGGUAUCUAUGCAGGUUACCGUUGCAAAUGCUCAGAUGGCUUCCAAGGAAAUCCAUACAUCCUAAGUGGUUGUAGAGGUAUAAUUAUUGGGUUGUGUUGUGGUUUUGGCAUUCUACUUCUGAGCUUGAGUGCAGCACUUCUCAUUCGUAGAUGGAAAAGAAAUGUUCAAAAGCAACUACGGAAAAAAUAUUUCCAGAAGAACCAAGGUCUUCUCCUAGAAACGUUGAUAUCAUCUGAUGAAACUGCAAAUGAGAAUGCUAAGAUUUUCUCGCUAGAAGAGCUGGAGAAGGCAACAAACAACAUUGAUCCUACACGUAUCAUUGGACGUGGGGGCCAUGGCAUGGUUUACAAAGGCAUAUUGUCUGAUCAGCGUGUUGUUGCAGUAAAAAGGUCUAAGGUGAUCGAGCAGUCUGAGAUCAGUCAAUUCAUCAAUGAGGUUGCAGUGCUUACACAGAUAAAUCAUAGAAAUAUUGUGAAGCUCUUUGGAUGUUGUCUCGAAACUGAGGUUCCACUGUUAGUGUAUGACUAUGUAUCCAAUGGCUCACUAUCUCAGGUUCUUCAUGCUGAUUCAAGUGAUGAGUUUUCCUUAUCUUGGGGUGAUUACUUAAGGAUUGGCCUAGAAACGGCAGGAGCUCUGUCUUAUCUCCACUCUUCAGCUUCAAUAUCAAUCUUCCAUCGUGAUGUGAAGUCCUCAAAUAUACUCUUGGAUGUGAACUACACAGCUAAAGUGUCAGAUUUUGGUGCAUCCAGAUUGGUUCCGAUCAAUCAGACGCAUAUUGUCACGAAUGUGCAGGGUACAUUUGGGUACUUAGAUCCUGAGUAUUUCCGCACCAGGCAUCUGAAUGGGAAGAGUGACGUGUACAGUUUUGGUGUGGUACUGGUGGAGUUGCUUCUCAGAAUGAAGCCUGUUUUCACAAGUGAAUCAGGCACAAUCAAGAGCUUGUCAAACUAUUUUUUGCAAGAGUUCAAUGAGGGGAGAAUGACACGUAUUGUUAAUUCCAUGGUCCUCGAGCAAGCAACCGAGGAAGAGAUCAGCACUGUCGCCUCACUUGCAGAGCGAUGCUUGAGGCUCCACGGCGAAGAAAGGCCAACAAUGAAACAGGCGGAGACAGAACUACAGACUCUGCUAACAAAACGGAUGGACUCAUCUCAGGUGGAUCCAAGUAAUGAAGAACCAAUGCAACCAAGGUCGUUAAUUCGAAGGAGUAGAUCUGCUUGGCAAUCGCCCAUACGGCCAGGAGGUAGCCAACGGCGCUAUAGCAUGGAGGCAGAGUUCUUGUCAUCUGCUACCCUAUCACGUUAG